AUGGUAACGGAAUAUGCUUAAGGAGGAGAACUGUUUGAUUAUAUCUGUAAAAAUGGAAGGCUUGAUGAAAAGGAAAGUAGACAUCUGUUCCAGCAAAUCCUUUCUGGUGUGGAUUACUGUCACAGGCAUAUGGUAGUACAUAAAGAUCUGAAGCCUGAAAAUGUGCUGCUUGAUGCACACAUGAAUGCCAAGAUAGCUGAUUUUGGUCUAUCAAAUACGAUGUCAGAUGGCGAAUUUUUAAGAACAAGCUGUGGUUCCCCUAACUAUGCUGCACCAGAAGUAAUUUCAGGAAGAUUAUACGCAGGUCCAGAAGUAGAUGUUUGGAGCAGUGGAGUUAUUCUCUAUGCUUUGCUAUGUGGAACACUUCCAUUUGAUGACGAUCAUGUGCCAACCCUUUUUAAGAAGAUAUGUGAUGGUAUCUUUUAUACCCCUCAAUACCUGAAUCCAUCUGUAUCUAGUCUUCUGAAACACAUGCUGCAAGUAGAUCCAAUGAAGAGAGCAACAAUCAGAAACAUUAGAGAACAUGAAUGGUUUAAGCAGGACCUUCCCAAGUACCUGUUUCCUGAAGACCCGUCAUAUAGUUCUACCAUGAUUGAUGAUGAAGCCUUAAAAGAAGUGUGUGAGAAGUUUGAAUGCACUGAAGAAGAAGUGCUAAGUUGUCUGUACAGCCAAAAUCAUCAGGACCCUUUAGUGGUUGCGUAUCACCUCAUUCUAGAUAAUAGAAGAAUAAUGAAUGAGGCCAAAGACUUCUACUUGGCUACAAGCCCACCGGAUUCUUUUCUUGAUGAUCACAAUCUGUCUCGACCUCAUCCUGAAAGAGUGCCAUUCUUAGUAGCUGAAGCACCAUCCGGCCAUACUCUUGAUGAGCUGAAUCCACAGAAGUCAAAACACCAAGGUGUAAGAAGAGCGAAAUGGCACUUGGGAAUACGGAGUCAGAGUAGACCAAAUGAUAUCAUGUCUGAAGUUUGUCGAGCAAUUAAACAACUGGAUUAUGAAUGGAAGGUUGUAAAUCCAUACUAUCUGCGUGUUCGAAGCAAGAAUCCAGUGACAAAUGCAUAUUCCAAAAUGAGUCUACAGUUGUAUCAGGUGGAUAGCAGGACAUUGGACUUCCGUAGCAUUGAUGAUGAAAUUACUGAAGCAAAAUCUGGGACUGCAACUUCACAGAGAUCAGGUUCUGUGAGCAACUGUAGAUCCUGUCAAAAAGAUUCAGAUGGUGAUGCACAGGGAAAAUCUGCAGAUAUAUACCUUACACCAUCAGUAACCUCUUUGAUUGAUUCUUCUAAGGCUGAAUUAACUCCAAGACCAGGGAGUAAUACAAUAGAAUUCUUUGAGAUGUGUGCAAAUCUUAUUAAAAUACUUGCACAAUAAGUUUGAAAGUGGGCUUAUUUCUUUUACAGCAAUAAGCAUCCCUAAAUCAUAGUCAAA